AAAGUACAUGGUGAUUAAAAUAUAAGUUAUAUUAGGUUUAACAAUGGAUUUCAUGAAAGCUAAUUUCUACAUACAAGAUAACGAAAUAGAAAAACAUGAGGAAGGUUUCUUCGGGCAAGGAUUUUACCAAGAGUCUACUGGUACUCCGGAAGUUCUUCCCAGCUAUGUGCCAAUGUUCUACGAGUAUAGAAGUGAAGGAAUCGAGGGUCUGGAUGUACAGAUGUCAGAAGAGUGGGACUGGAGGCAAUGGGAGAGUCAAGUUUGCGUAAAGCAAGAGGAUACCAGGGGUACGUCCAGUCUUAGUGAGGAAGACGUGCGGUCAUCAGGUCGCAAAGAGCGGACAGCGUUCACAAAAGCGCAAAUCCGCAGUCUAGAGGCGGAGUUUUCCCGCGCAAACUAUCUGACGCGCUUACGACGCUACGAAAUUGCUGUUGCAUUGCAUCUCACUGAGAGACAGGUAAAGGUGUGGUUCCAAAACAGACGUAUGAAAUGGAAAAGAACAAAGGGUGUUACAAAAUACGCUAAAAAGAAAGAUUAA